AUGCCGUCGAUUGUAGAUAUCAUGAGCAUGAACGACAAAAAGAAUACAAAUAUUCUCUUAAAAUUUGAUUUCUUAACAGAGAGGGAAUCUAAAAAACUUGAAGAUGGUUAUAAAUGGUGCAAAAUCCCAUCCAAUCCUGAGGUGGUCGUUUCUAACAAUAACAUCACAAACAACAGAGCUGGAGGGCCUAAACGUUCAGUGGAAUCAAUUGUUGAUGGAAAUGGAAAUCUGAUAGGCGAUGAACCAGAUGAUGAAAAAGAUAAUUUUAUACCUAGGAGCUACUAUCGUUGCACUGCAAUUGGUUGCAAUGCAAAGAAGAAAGUGGAGCGGUACAUGGAUGAUCCCACCCAUGUACUAACCACCUCUGUAGGUUUGCACGCUCACGAUUUGCCACUAAUCCUUCCUCCUCCAUCAAGAUCUUUCAACCUCUACAAUAACUCCACCGUAAGCCCCAAACUUGGUAAAGGAAGCGGUGUACAAAAACCUAUACUUUCAGAUGCAAGUGCAGGUGCAAGGGAAAGAAUGUAUGCCAACAACACUAUUACUAGUGUUAAUGUUAGAACUGACAGUGAUAGUUAUAUUAAUGACGUUGGCUCGAUUGAGGAUAUUGGUACCGGACUGCUUGAGGAUAUUGUUAAUUUGUCAUCAAUAGCACCUCAUUAUCAACAUCAUCAACCAACAUCUCUAUAG